AUGAGGUUACAUUACUUGACAUUUCUGUUAUUUUCCGUUUUAUCACCGACCGAAGCCGGCUUAGGCCCGGUAGACACUUUCCUGAACUUAUGGCACUACGGCAUCCGAGAGGUGAAAGACCUCUUCUUGAAAACGCCAAAGCAAGUAUUUGGGGAUAAAAAGGUCGAAGCCGAAGUCCCAACUAUCCUAUCGCAAAAUGCCACGCAGGGAACGAAAAUUUAUCUUUUCUCCGAUAUCGCCCGAGCCGAUAUUGAAGCGAAUCCGAAUUUGAGAAAAAUCCACGAGGGUUUGAAUGGUGAAGUCUUCAACACGCUGUCCGGUCUUCAUUAUAAUAUUCUUAUCAAGAAAAUAGUGGAGACGAUGUUCCAGGAAAAGUUCAACAAAAGUUUGCCUGAAACUCUGCAAAAUGAUUCAUUUGGUCAAACGGUUCCGGCUAAGCACGAGUCUUGGGGCAAGAUGUUGCUGAAUAUUUGGAAAGGUGUACUCGGCAAUCAAGAGCUCAUCAAAACAUUUCAAGAUAAUGUGUUGAAUCGACUUGGCUUCGUGGACGACUUGGACAACGCCGUUGUCACUUUUGGAAAAGAUGUGAAAAAGACUAUUGGUGCCACAUUCAGCGAGAUCAACCCAUCACUAGAAACAAACGCCGAGCAAAAUCAAAAGAUGGAAAAGCUUUUCGAGAAGGUGCUGUUAAAACACCUCACAGGUAUCUUAUUUGAGGGUGACAAACUUAAGCCAACACUGGAAAAAUCGGUGAAUCGCCUCGAGGAAACGAUGACGAAAGAAUAUAGUGAAAUCGCUCAGGAACUCACAGCACAAGCCAAGCAACUUGAGGAGUUUUUCUUGAAAGAAAACCAACGCGACCCACGAGGCGACUUUAUGGAGUGUUUCUUCAUUCCAGUGGACAACGCGAUGAGGGGUAAGCUACGGUAUCGAGAAAAUCGGAGCUUUCGAUUGUAUUGGAAACAAUUCAAGGAAAAGUACAAUGGUCAACAGAUCUCAACCCGUUACGAUAAAAUGGGGUACGAUUAUAUCUUCGAAACUUAUCUGAACCGACUGUACAAUCAUGAAGUGGCAAAAGGAAACAAUACGUUCGACUACACAAGCCAUGAGACAUUCACCCAAAUGUAUACGACCGUCUACAAAAUGGCGCGCCAACUCCGCUUUUUCUCGGACUCUCAAGAAAAGAUUUUGGAAUCCGAAGCUGAAGAAGAUAUUCGAGUGUUCAGUCGAUAUCGAGAAGAGGAAAUGGAUGAGUUUAAGAAAAAAAUGGAAAAACUCAGAAAAGUCGAUCGUUCGUACCGCAAGAAAAUUGCCACCAUUGAUUUCAACACGUUUGUCGCUUACCAAAUGGGCUUUUGCACGAUCGAUUUGAGCGACACGGCCAAUCAUUCUCUCUUCGACCUUGGAUUCGAAGCUUUCCACAAUUUUGUCAACAUACAUCGAUGGAAGGACACCAACGAAACGUUGAACCGAAACUUUUUGUUCUACCAGAAUACGACUGGGAGCUGCGAGCAUCGAUUCAAUUAUAUCCACAAAGACUACCAUCAUGGGCAUUUUCAUCAGAAAAACAGUCGAACUGGCGCGAAGUUCUACCUUUUCCGCGAACACGAUGAGAUCACGAAUGAAGAGAGGGAAAAGCUUAAUACAAGCCUCAAUGAAAGUUUGGCGUCAAUUCUCCCCAAGACCCAGGAAGCCUACCACGAGGCGGCUGUCAAAAUUUGUCAGAAAAAAGUCAAUGACAAGCAUAAGUGUCGGUUCGUGUUGACGACAACAAAUGACUGCAUUUACCCGCGUGAAAGCGAUGAUCCUUUCAUACUCUUUUUGAAUCCACACAAGAACAUCAAAGUGGUGAUCGGAAUC